AUGCAAAGGUUAGAAGAAGAAUUUGAGAAGAAGAAAACUGAGUCUGGACCAAGAGAAGUGUCUUUGCCUUGUGAAGUUGGCUCUGCUUUGAAAAAAAGAAAGGCUGCUGAUUCACCAAUUGUUAAAGCAUUUGGUAUUGAAGGCAGAGACCAAUUGGAUCAGAAAGUUAGAAGAAUAUUUUUUACUGGAGGGUUAGCGUUUAACCUUGCAAGAAAUCCACACUAUCAUAGGGCAUUUCAGUUUGCUGCUGCUAACAAAAUUGAUGGUUAUGUGUCCCCUGUUUAUAGUAAGCUGCAAACAACAUUGUUAGAGAAAGAGAGGAACCAUGUUGAGAAAUUAUUAAAUCCUCUUAAGUCAACAUGGAAAGAAAGAGGGGUGACAAUUGUGUCAGAUGGUUGGAGUGAUCCUCUAAAAAAACCUCUGAUUAAUUUCAUGGCUACUUCUGAGAAUGGUACUGUGUUUAUCAAGCCUGUGAAUUGUUUUGGUGAGGUGAAAGAUAGAUUAUUCAUUUUGGGUUUGAUGGAAGAAGUUAUAAAUGAAGUGGGGAAACAAAACAUUGUGCAGAUCGUUACAGAUAAGGCAGCAAAUUGUAAGGCAGCUAGAGAGAUUAUUGAGAGUAUGUAUCCUCACAUCUAUUGGACACCUAGUGUUGUUCAUACUCUCAAUCUUGCUUUAAAGAACAUUUGUGCAGCAAAGAAUGUGGAAACAUAUGAUGAGUGCAACUGGAUAACAAUAGUUCAUGGGGAUGCUCUUGCAAUCAAACAUUUCAUCAUGAACCAUAACAUGAGACUAGCAAUCUUCUGUAAGUUCUCUCCUUUUAAGUUGUUUUCAGUUGCUGAUACUCGAUUUGCUUCCAUCGUUGUGAUGCUUAAGAGGAUGAAACUUAUAAGACACACCCAUAAAGCUAUGGUCAUAAGUGAUGAGUGGACUACUUAUAGAGAUGAUGACGUAGGAAAAGCAAUGUUGGUUAAGGAGAAGAUUAUGGAUGAUGAUUGGUGGGAAAAUGUGUCUUAUAUUAUUGAUUUCACAGCGACUAUGUAUGAGAUGAUUAGAUUUUGUGACACUGACAAGCCAUGA